AUGCCACACACUGGCCCCCUCCGCCUCCUUCUUCCUUACUCCGUACUCGUUCCUCCGCCCUCGUUCCUCCGCCCUUGUUCGUCCUGCCUCUCACUCUUGACCGUCCCUGCUCCUGGGGUCGUCCUGCGCUCGGGGCCUCCCACGGCAUCCGCGUUACCUUGUCAAAUCCCUCUUCAGUUACGCACGCCCAACGCCCCCACUCCCCGCUACCGACAGAAACGACUUCGUCCGACGACCCCGCUCUCUUUGGCAAAUUUCUGCCAGCAAUCUACACCCUGCGUUCCAGCCGAUCUUGGCUCUUUCCGGUCGACUUUCGCGUUCCUAGCUUUUAGCUUGUCUCAUUUGCCAGUCCCGGUCUCGCUGCAUUACAACGGCCGCCUGCUCCGUCGUUUUCGGGAACGACAAAUUGUACACACCCACCAACAACUUCCAUUUUCAACCUUUCUGUUUCUGUCGUUUAGGCGCAAAAGCCCUACUCUACCGUGCACUCGCUCUGGGUGCGUCCUCGCAUCCUUGCUCCCAAGACGGCGUCUCCACACACUUACCUCCGUCUUUCCUUUGCAGCCGCCCCGUGGGCGCACUCAAGUAGCCAUGGAAUGGGUUAGUACUCGUCCCGAUCCUGCACAUUCCCUGCUUCAAGAAUUCUCCCCCAGGCUCAAUCUACCCUAUGCUUCCGAGUUCUCAACCCUCGAGACAGGCCUUCUCGCAACUGGUUCUACCCCAGCUGUCGCCGGGGAAUGGCCACUGCCCCAUGUGUCUCGCAAUUCGAAAAAUGACUUUCAAUACGAGAUUUCUUUGUCUGCGGGUCCCGAGUUUGAUACCGAGUCGGCCGAUGGAGGGGAGGAAAGAGAAGCGAUAGAUGAGGACAAUGCUAGUUCAGAUUUAAAUCUCGCCAGCGCCAGUGAGGACACAAGCGUUGGAGUGGAUGCUCCUUCUGGUAGUGCGAAGGAACGAUUUGCAGAGCUUGAAGAAGUGCGCACUUCGCCUUUCAUGUCUCCACUAACUCCCGAUAGCCUCGUUCGUGGACCCGAAGAUGACAAGAAAAACGCCAAAGGAGUUCGUCACAGCGCUGGCUCGGCAACUGCCGUUGUGUCUGCGAAGGGUGUUCCGUCAUCAAAACCGGCGACGUCUCAGAAACCGGGCAGAAUGAUUCUGAAGAAGAAAUCCGCGACUACGUCCAAGAAGGCAGCUGGCAAAGGAAUGUCUAGUUCGACUCCAACGAUAUCCACGUCGCAGGGCAACUCAGGAGGGCAAAGUGGGGCUCUGUCUCAUACCAAGAUGUGCAGAGAUCGUCUAAACAACAUGUUUGAACGCUUACGUCACACUUUACCACCGGCUCCAACUGGGGUGGAAGUGAAACAUAAGGCACAAGUUUUAGAUUACGCCAUCGCGGUUCUACACGGCAUGGUAGACAGAACCGCACAGCUAGAAAUCGAGCUCGCUGUGAGCAGCAACAAGGCUACAAUGGACUGGAUUUCCAAGCUCGUAGCCAGGACGGAAUCGUUUCCAGAAGCCGCAGAAGAAGUAAUGAGACUGUUUGCGAGACGUCGCUCUUGGAAGCAUGCUGAACUGUGGGUGGCUGGGAAGAGAUCCAUGCCCCCAGAUGCGAAUCUGGAAGAUUCUACUAUACUCACCCUUUGCACUUCGAUUUCAAAUGACGUUUAUGGUCAAGGCGCCUCUAGUCUUGAUCGUUUCUCAAAGCAGUCGGAGUCUUACUCGUUCAAGGCGAAUGAAGGAGUACAGGGCCGGGUGUGGUCAGCUAUGCGCCCUGAAUGGGUGACUGGACUGACAGACCCAAAGAACUUCAAGAGAUGCAGUUUGGCUCGCGAGCAUGGCGUUAAGGUUUGCCUUGCUGUGCCCGUGACCAUAACCGGAAAAAUUGAAGCUGUGAUGUGUUUUUAUGACGUCAAGCACCGUCCGUACGAUACUCAAUGUCGGGAGCUUGCCAUGCGGCUUGCGUGGGCUCUGGGGAAUGCUGUGGGUGGGAAACGGGCAAAAGUGAAUGUACUGACGGCGUCCGGUACUUCAACUACUUGAUGGAUGUUUAUUGAACCGCACGGCAUAGUGUUCUGUUUCUGGCACGGCAUCGGUUGUGGAGUGCACUCUUACACACACCAAAUCAUUUGCACUGUAGUGGGGUUGACAUUGUUUAUGGAAGUGCGACUGCUAUGUACGUUAGUUUUGCGUUGUUCCCUGACUCGCUGAUUUAUUCCAGCGCAAUGGCCGAGAGCCUUCUGGUGGCCUUUUACCAAACCAGGUGUAUGGGUUUCGGACGUGAACAAGAAGUGUUAUAGCCCAGCCGGAGGACAGAGACCCCUUGACUGGAUCUGCCAAUGCGGUUAGCGAAAUCCCAUUGCUUUCUGGAUGUAGUGCCUCUGAGGUUAGUACUGUAAUGAGAUAUUGAUCGUUGCUGCUUUCCUAUACACUGUAUAUUACAAUCAAUAAAUGAAGAGAUUUUCAGCUUUGUGU